ACAGAGCUCAGGCCUCAGAGAGACACCGCUUCAGCAGCAGAAGAAGGCUACUGGCUACAACAAGUCAACAAGGCGCGAAACUUCUUUGACCCAAACAGAGAACCCCGAUACCGAUCCUCUCCCCCUGUGGCCUUUGCAUCCAAAAUCGCCCACCCUCCCAUUGCCACAUCCCUCCUUGCUUGUAACUCGUCAUCUCCUCCUCUGCAGACUGCAGUGGCAGUAGCGAUGAUGGUGAAGGAAGAGGAGAUGAUGGCAGAGGCAGGAGGAGGACGAGGCUACAUGGACCUGCUUGGCCUCGGCGAAGAGGACUACCUGCUGUGCCUGUCCCCUCCCUCCUACUUCACUCCCAGUGUCGUCUCCGCCACGGCCACCACCACUGCCGCCGCGUCGGCAUCAACCUGCUGCGCGGCCUCCUACCUGGACCUGGACCUGGCUCCCGCUUACCACCACACGCUGAGCUUCGGUGGCCAGGACCAGGAGCAGCAGCACCACGGAGACGACGGCGCCUUGGGCUUCCAGCACUACGGCGGCGAUCACGCGAUCCCGGCGGCGGCGGCGGCUGUUCAGCAGAAGUCCAGCCCGACCACCGAGUGCUCCUCCUCCCUCUCGUCCAUGUCGCCCUCGCCGCCCGCGACAGCCGUCUCCGCCGCCGUCUCCUGCCCCAAGCCACAGGCUUUCAAGAAGAAGAAGGCGGGGUCAAGGAGCAGUGCGUCUGCCGCCGCUCCAGCUGCUACGAACAAGAGGCCCAGGUCUGAUACGGCUUCCGUUCUGCACGAGGCGCUGGGGUACAUACGCUUCCUGCACGACCAGGUUCAGGUCCUGAGCACGCCGUACAUGCAGAUGCAGCGCCAGCCGGCCUCGGCGCACGUCCCGGAGAGCGCGGCGGGGACGGUGGUGGAGGCGCAGGAGCAGCCCGACCUGAGGAGCCGAGGCCUGUGCCUGGUGCCCGUCUCCUGCACGGAGCACAUCGCCGGCAACGACAGCCACGGCAACGGCGCCGACCUCUGGUCGUCCGUGCUGCUGCCGCUGCCGCUGCCAGGUGGUGGUAGUCACCCGAGCCAAGGGCGCUUGGCCUAGCUGCCCGCGGACACGCUUGCUUUACGGAUUAUGCUUAUGCCAGGGUUUAGGGCUUUCAGUAGGCGCUUUUGGGGCUACUAAUCUAUCCAUUCCCGGCCGUACUCCGUCUGUCUAAAAGUAAACUUUUGGGGAGCCGGGUGCUGCUGCUGCUGCUUUUGGUGGGAAAAAAAAGGCGCAGGGAUCCAUAUUGCAAGUGGUUGUGGACGAGGCGCAGGGUAGAACAGAAGAAGACAGUGGUCUGAGGAUGCCGAGAUCUUUGGGCACGCACGAACGUGAAUGUCCCUGUGCUGUCACCGCCUCCCGGCAGCGGCAGGCAUUGAAUGAAGGCUACCUCCUCCGCCGAUGUUGCCUGCUCGGGAGUCGUGCGGCGACAGCUCCGGUAUCCGAUUUUCUCUCUGCUUGUCGCUCCUACUCCUUGGAAGUUGGAACUCUGCACAAACCACUGCAAUCUCAUGCAGUGCCCCCUUUUUUCCACCCCGAAGCUCAUGACGACGCACAUCGGAGACGACAACUAGUCGGAGACUUGUGUACUGUGACAGUGCGGUGUUCAUCUGAUGAUACGACAGUACUAGGGGUCGGCUUCCAUAACUUUAGUGGUUCAGAACAGGCUAGACCAUGUCUGAUCAACUGAUUAAGUUUAGUCCGUUGAUAAAUAAUACCUCCCUCCGUUCAGAUAUACGAUGAUAAAUCUAGAUACACCUAUAAAACACACAUAUUAAAGAUUAUAUGAAUCAGCCACUUUCCCAAAACGAACAGUAAAUCAGGACAGGGGAGUAGAAUAUAUAAGCCGGCUGGCACUUGCACCGAUAUCCCCGCCCGCGGCUGCUCUUGCACGGCCCUGUUCCAUGGCUUCUUGGUUGCCUAGAAUUUCCUUUCACAGUUUACCAAUUACCAUGCAUUGUUGACAGUUGCUAAUUCGUUGA